AUGGAUGGUGGGAACGUGCUUUCUACUUUCUUUAAAGAACGUUCUAUUCUGACUCCUAAAUUGUCCGAUGUUGCCAUGUUAAACAAGCACCUAAUGGCUGUGAUUCCGGGUGAAGAAAGGACAUUAUUGAGUUUAGAUAAGGUUUUGAAACAAGACGGUAAUUCAUCUCUUGAGGAUGACGAAAUCUCCCCUGAUAUCUUAAAUACAUUCUCAUGUUCGGGGAUUCCUGAUCAUAAAUUAACUUUGAAGGUUAAAGUACCGGUGAUGCUAUUGAGAAAUAUUGAUCAAUCAAGAGGUUUAUGCAACGAUACGAUAUUACUUAUUACAAAGUUGGGGAAUCAUGUUGUUGAGGUAAUUGUUCUUACAGGAAACAAUAUAGGAGAUACUGUGUUAAUCCCUAGAAUGACGAUCAGCCCAUCGGGUCAUACAUUUCAAGUAAACUUCCAAAGAAGACAAUUCCCCUUGGUAGUUUCGUUUGCGAUGACUAUCAACAAAAGUCAAGAACAGUCGCUAUCUCAUGUUGGCAUUUAUCUUCCUAGGUCUGUCUUCACUCAUGGGCAAUUAUAUGUGGCACUAUCUAGAGUAAAGAGCAGACAUGGAUUGAAGAUGCUGAUACUUGAUGAAAAUGGUUGCGUUACAAAUACUACCUUUAACAUCGUCUACAAGGAAAUUCAGUAUUCGAGGCACAAUCAGUAUAUUAUUCCCUUGUCAUUUUUCAGAGUCAAAGAUUUUUCAUUGUAA